AUGCGGAACAGGUUUUACUCAGAUGCAGCAGAAACACCCACUGUUGAAACGUUUAAUAUAGUCAAUCUGGUUGAAGCUUUCCAGAUUGCUGGAGCGUAUGGAUUGCUGGCUGAUCAAACCUGCAUCCCCGAAGAACAGGCUACUGAAUGGGCGCCUAAAAUUCGUCAAGCAAUUCAAACAAACCAGAUUAAAAUGAAAGAAAAUUUAGAAAAUGAAUGGAUCUAUUGCGGUCAUAUAGCUCAUGAUGCAGUUCCACAAACUGGUGAAUUAUUGCAGCAACUUUCUGAUAUGGCAACGUUAAUGGACAACAGUGAAGUUCGUUUGCAUAAAGAAUAG